CACCGGAUCUCCUCCAGCUCCGCUUCUCCGCUGCAGUUAUUGCUCUGUCGGCGUGGAGGACGCACCGGUCCACAUCUCUCGCUCCCUAAAACCGCCUCCCGUUUCCCCGCUGCUGAUAUGAGCGCAGAUCGAGGCUGAAAUCUUCCGCCGAGAGGAGAAAACCUGAGCGCCCGUUUCUAUCUCAGCAAGAAGGAUCGGAGCGGAGGAUGCAGUGAUGCUGUGAGGAAGCCGCGGCUGGAGGAAAGAAGUUCUGCUGAACAGCGAGCCCAGAUGUUGGUCUGCUGAUCUCCGAUCCAGAGGAUAUGGUCCCCGGGGCCCCCAGCACUACGACCGCCACCACCACCACCAUGCUCCCCGCCUCGGAGGCUGCCAAAAUCUACCAGACCAACUACGUCCGCAACUCCCGCGCCAUCGGCGUCCUGUGGGCCAUCUUCACCAUCCUCUUCGCCAUCGUCAACGUGGUUUGCUUCAUCCAGCCCUACUGGAUCGGGGACGGCGCGGACACCCCGCAGGUGGGCUACUUCGGUCUGUUCCACUACUGCAUCGGGAACGGCAUGUCCCGGGACCUGGUCUGCAAGGGCAGCUUCAUGGAGUUCAACAGCAUCCCCUCCGGCGCCUUCAAGGCUGCGUCCGUCUUCAUCGGCAUGUCCAUGGCGCUGGUGCUCACCUGCAUCACCUGCUUUGCGCUCUUCUUCUUCUGCAGCACCGGAACCGUGUACAAAAUCUGCGGCUGGAUGCAGCUGGCUGCAGGUACCAGCCUGAUUCUGGGCUGCAUGAUCUACCCCGACGGCUGGGACAGCGACGAGGUGAAGCGGAUGUGCGGCGAACAGACGGACAAGUACGCCCUGGGUGCCUGCUCGGUCCGCUGGGCCUACAUCCUGGCCAUCAUGGGCAUCAUGGAUGCUCUCAUCCUCUCCUUCCUGGCUUUUGUCCUUGGAAACCGGCAGGAUAAUCUGAUGUCUGAGGAUCUGCUGGGAGAAAGAUAA